AUGAAGUUUUGCUUGUUCUUGAAAAGGUCAUACAAUUCAAUUUAAAUCAACAUGGGAUUUCUUCAAUUAUUAAUAGAAGUUACAUCUUAUCAAUAAUAAGAUUAAAGAAUAAGGUGAGAUAAAAAAGUAAAUUAUUGAAUGCAUUUUGAACUGUAUAUUAAUUUAUACUUACUUGUUUUUUAGUUUUUGAAGUGAUAACUGGAAGGAAUAUUCAUCAAAACUUUUCAAGAUUGGUAAUUAUGUUUUAGGAUGCAAAUUAUAGUUCACUUUUAAAAACCUAUUCCUUUAGAGAAAUCAGAACCUUUCAAAAUUCAAGAGCUAAUUAGAUAUUACAAAUAUAUACUUCAUUUUACCUAAGGAUUCUCAUUAACGUGAAGUAAACGACUUUAUAUUAGAAAUAUUUGAAUCAAUUGACUUAAUAUGUAGAAUGAUUACAACUUCAAUCUCAAGAUAAUGA